AUGCAACAACUAUUGUUGAUACUUAUUGCUCUACUGUGUCAAGACACUUUAGGUCAACUUUGUGGUGAGUGUGGCCCAUUGGAAGUGUUUAAGGAAUGUGCGUCACCUUGUGUUCCGGAGCGAACAUGUCAAUAUCAAUUUCCCGUUGAACCAAAUGUAUGUAUACUUUCAUGUGAACAAAGAUGUGAAUGUGAUCAAAAUAAGGGAUUGAUAAGAGAUAAACAAUCUGGCGAAUGUAUUGACAUUGGAAAAUGCGAAGACAGAUGCAGUCGAAAUCAAUUUUAUGGAUGUAGACCAUGUUGCCCAGAACCAACUUGUGACAAUCCCAAACAUCUUCCGUGUACAAGACCAUGUCCUCGUAUAUGUAUAAACGAAUGCUUGUGUAAGGAAGGAUACGUACGAAACACAAGAAGCGGAGAAUGUGUCUUGCCAAGACAGUGCCCAAGACCUGUGGGAUAA